AAAGUGUCAAAUUUCAGGAUGUUAUGUGUAAGGCUCAGUAAAAUUACGUACAAAAUGACAGUGUACUCUCUUUUCAUAGGCUGACCUUGUGGUCACCAUCACCUGAAAAUGGCUCAAAACAAAAAUGACCUAAAGGUUGAAACAAGAUACGAUCAAAUUGACGUCAUGGUAAUUACACCAAGUACCCUUCAAUCAUUGGAUGGAAUUUCUUGUUGAUCCCAGGGCUUAGAUGCUGGUGGAAACACUCCGCUGGUAUAAAAAACAGGUGAGGACUUCAUUAACUGCAGUUACUGAGAACUCACAAGACGAAGCUAAAAUCCCGCUUCAGAGCCACAGUCAACUGCGCUGAACACAUCCUGCAAAAAGCCCAGAGAAAGGAGCGCCAUGGAUUACUACAGAAAAUAUGCAGCUGUCAUUCUGGUCACAUUGUCGGUGUUUCUGCAUAUUCUCCAUUCCUUUCCUGAUGGAGAGUUUACAAUGCAGGAUUGCCCAGAAUGCAAGCCAAGGGAAAACAAAUUCUUCUCCAAGCCGGGUGCCCCAAUAUAUCAGUGUAUGGGCUGCUGCUUCUCUAGAGCAUAUCCCACUCCAGUAAGGUCCAAGAAGACGAUGUUGGUCCAAAAAAACGUCACCUCAGAGUCCACUUGCUGUGUAGCUAAAUCAUUGACCAGGGUCAUGGUAAUGGGGAGUGUCAGAGUGGAGAACCACACACAGUGCCACUGCAGUACUUGUUAUUAUCACAAAUUUUAAAUAUUUUGCCAAGUGCUGUUUUGAUGACUGCUGAUUUUCUGGAAUGGAAAAUUAACUUGUUCAGUGUUUAUGGCUUUGUGAGAUAAAACUCUCGUUUUCCCUACCAUACCACUUUGACAUGCUUCAAGGAUAUACUGCAGCUUUAUUGCCUUCCUCCUUAUCCUACAGUACAAUCAGUAGUCUCGUUCUUUUCAUUUGGAGUGAAUACAGCAUUUAGCUUGUUCCACUGCAAAUAAAGUCUUUUAAAUCAUCAUUCAA